AUGAUACCUCCAACGCCCAAUUUAAACUUUCCGUUAGCUCAAAUAGAAUCUGACGAGGAAAAUUGGGAUGAUGUUGAAAUACCUUCUUCGGGCUUGAUAAUAUCCGAUAAUAUCUCCGAUGCUCAUGAUGAUGAUGUCGGUAAAAUAUUAUCUACUGCUACUGAUGAUAUGUCAGUUGUUGAAGCUAUUAUCGGUGAUUUAAAAAAUUCUUUCUCUAAUAAUGAUUUCUCUGGAACUAUUACAAAGUUAGGUGGUGAAAAUUCUAAAAAAGUUGUAGAUAUGGAUGAUUGGGAUAACGAUAUGGAAAUACCUGAGGCUGGUUUAUCCUUUUGUAUUCCUCCUUCUAAAUCUUCCAGAAAUAAUUAUGUUAGUUGGGAUGAUGAAUUUCUGGAUGUAAAUAACUUUCUUCACUCAACCUCUAGUCUACCCUCUGAUAUCCCUUCUGCUAUACCCUCUAAUAUACCCGAUGAUAUAUUACCCUCUAAUAUUGUAAUUAAGAGAGUUGAUGAUCCUAUUACUAUUUCUCGUCUUUCUUCGGAAAAAGUUGUCGAAAGUGGUACUACUCUUUUUUCGGGUGUUUUAGAUUCAAGAUUAAGUAUUCUUGUUAGUCCUGCUCCAAGUUCUAGUAAUUUCGAAAGUGAAGAUGAAAGUUUUGAUGAUUUACAAAUUCCUGAUACUAUUGAAAGACUUACUUUAUUUCCUCCUCGACAUGUUCAAGAUGGUAAUGCUUUUGAACCUGUUCACAAAAAUAUUGUUCCUCGUUCGGUUCCUACUCAACAAAAAAGACCAAGACGACAAUCUUUUACUAUAGAAUUUACUCCUCCUUCAAUUUCCAAUUCAAUUUCCAAUUCAAUUUCCAAUUCAAUUUCUAAUCCAAUUUCUGAUCCAAUUGCUGAUUCUAUGAAUGUUGAUAUGAAUAUUGAUAUGAAUGUUGAUAUGAAUGUUGAUAUGAAUGUUGAUGUAAAUUUAUCUGAUGUUUUAUCUCAUUCUAAAGAUUCUUCUUUAUCAUCCGAGAAAAGUUCGGCUUCUACAAAUAAUAGUAGUAUUUCGAGGAAUAGUCGAUCUUCACCUUCUUCUUUAUCAAAAAAGUCUCCAAAAAAGAAUUGUAAUCCAUCUUUUGUAACUCCUCCACCUUCUCCAAAUAAGAUAGUGUCACAUUCAAAAAAAGAUACUAAUGUGAUGUCAAAACGUCCAUCUACCGUAUCUCCUAAAACUUCUUCUCCUCCUUUGAAAAAGUGCAAGUCAAAUGUGACUUUAUCAAAAAGUCUUAAUUCAUCAACUUCUAAAGAAAAAGUUUCUUCAAAAUCUAGUACAAAAUCUGUUACAAAGAGUUCUACAACUUCAAAAUCACGUACUAUGUCAACUUCAAAGACUUCAAACUCAAAUGUUACUGGUAGUGUUAAAGAAAAUUUCAAUCCUUCUUUAAAAUCAAAAAAAUCGGUUACUUCUGGCAAGUCUUCUUCGACAACUAAAUCUGUAGAUUCUACAAGACUUUCAAAAGUGGCUUCAUCUCCUUCAUUAAAAUCAAAACCUUCUGGAUCUUCUUCUUUAACGAAACAUUCAAACAUUUCUUCAAUUUCAUUAUCAAGUUCUGCUCCAAUGUCACUUUCUGUAAAGUCAACAGUAAAUAAGACUAAUUCAAAAAAUCAAAAAAAUUGUGGUUCUAAAACUUUACGUAUUAUGCUUAAACCAAAUAAUUCUCAGAAUUAUGGUGAUGGAACUGAGUUGGAUGCAUUUGAUGAUUUACCUGUUUGUAUGGAUAAAGAACGGGCUUAUAAAAAAUAUCCCACUUCUCCAGCUUUUGAUGCUAAUUCUGGCAUUUUGUCAAAUAGAAAAAAUAGUGCUUCUUCGAUUGGAUCAAAAACUUCAACAAGAAGCAACACAGAAUCUCGAACUAAUUCAAAUAAUAGUAAAAAGAAAAUUCGUCAAAGAAAGCCACAUCUGAUUCGUAAUUUGAAUUCUGAAAACAAUACCAAAGUUUUACAAAGAUGGGAUGGUAAUGAAUCAAUUCUCAAAGAUUUUGAUCCAUCUCCACAACGACCUGCCUUAAUAUCAAACAUGAAUCCUCAAUCAACCAACACAAAAUCAUUACAAGUCGUUGGUAAAAUGAUUUUUGAUCCUGAAAAAAUGUGCUGGUUUCAUUCUUCAGCAAAAGACAAUAAUAAUUCUAUGUCUUCUGAAGAAGAAGAAUUAUUAGCUUUAUUUGAUGAUGAAGAAGAAAUUGAGCUCGAGAAUUCUAAAGAAACUGAUGAUCCUGAUGAAUCAAAUAAAUUUAAAUAUCAUACAACUUGUGGUGAAACAUUUGGAAUGAAUAAUGGUGAAAAUGAUGAACUAUUGGAUAGAUUAGCUUCUGCAUCAUUAGUAUUUAGUGAUGGUGAUCAUAAUGAAAUAGUAUAUAGUGCUGAAGGAAGAAGACGUCGUCGAAUCAUUCCAACAGGUGGAAAUGGAAAUGGAAAUAAACAAACAAAUGAUAAUAAUGGUGAUGGAUUUGAUGAUAAUAAUGAAUUUCAAGUUGGUUCCGAAUUUGAUGUGUCAAAAGGUUUUUUGGCUGCUUUGGUGGCUUCGGAACGACAACAUAAAAAAGAAAUGAAUCGUUGGUAUCCAGCUAUCAGAAGUAUUAGAAAUGAACAAAGAUUUGGUUUGAAAGAUAGUAAUAAUAGCCAAAGAGGAUUUUUAUAUGAAAUUAGGAAUCCCGCUAUUGUAUGUUAUAUCUAA